CCCCGCCCUUCUUCCUGUGCCCCUCAGGCCGCCAUGAUGGCGGUGGCGGCCCCGCGGCUGCGGCCGCUGCUGCGCGCCCUGAGGGCUCAGAAGUUGCGGGGUCCUGUGUGGUGCUGCGGAGCUCCGGCCGUGAGGGGAGUGGCGAGCGACGCAGGGCAGCCACCACCCCCUCCCCAAAUCCCAGAACCGGUGGAAAUUUUGGGAAAUUCCCCAAAUUUGGGGGAAGCCCGACUGGAGGAGCUGGGCCUGGGCGGUUCCAGCCCCGUUGGGAUGAUCCAGAACCUUCUGGAAUUUCUGCACCUCGACCUGGGGCUGCCCUGGUGGGGCGCCAUCGCCGCAGGCACGGUCGGAGCGCGAAUCCUGCUGCUGCCCCUGGUGCUGCGGGGUCAGCGCGAGGCCGCCCGCCUCUCCCAGCACCUCCCGCAGCUCCAGCGCCUCUCCCAGCGCGUGGCCGAGGCCCGGCGCGGCUCCGACCCCAACCAGGUGGCCGUGGCCUACUCGGAACUGGUGUCGUACCAGCGGCGCCAUAACGUCAAUCCGCUCCGCGGCUUCCUGGUGCCCCUCGUGCAGACCCCGCUGUUUGUGUCCUUUUUCCUGGCGCUGCAGGGCAUGGCGGCGGCGCCGGUGCCGGGGCUGCUCCGGGGGGGGCUGGGCUGGUUCCCGGAUUUGGCCUCUCCCGAUCCCUUCUACGUCCUGCCCGUGCUGGUCACUGCCUCCACCUGGCUCGUGCUCGAGCUGGGGGCGGAGACGGGCGUGUCCGCGCCGGGGGCGGGGCCUGUCCGUCAAAUCCUGAGGCUCCUCCCCCUUCUCUUCCUGCCUUUCAUCGUGCACUUCCCUGCCGCCGUCUUCACCUAUUGGCUGACGUCGAACAGCUUCAGCCUAUUGCAGACGGGGCUGCUGCGAGUCCCCGCCCUCCGCGCCAAAUUGGGCGUGGCCCCGCCCCCUGCGGCGCAGGCCACGCCCACCGGCCCCGCCCCCCGCGGCAAGGGCGGGGUCCUGCAGCAGCUGAAGAAAGAGUGGCGUGAGGCCCAGGCCACGCAGGAGGCCGAGCAGCGCCAGUGGCGCCUCAGGAACCACCUGCAGCUGGCGGCCAAAGGCCCGCUCCGCCAAACCUUCGCCCAAAACCCCCUGAGCCCCCCCAAAACGGCGCCCUCAGAGCCCCCAAAAAGGCCCUGGAAGGACACGCUGGGCUGAGGGGGGGAAGGGGGCGACCCCCAAAAAUAAAAAACGCGCGAAAGGAGA